AGGAGGUCGAUGACGCAGAAGACGGCUUCGGCGGCUUGGUCACUCGGCUUCCUUCCACAAGGAGAAGCACUAGACCUGUGCCAGCACGUGGAGUGAAGUAUUUUGGUCGGCCAACUUCGAAUUCGAUCGCGCAUCUAAAGAAGAGAAGAACGACUUGCCGCAAGUCCACCCAAGACGAUGACCCUGUAGCUGCGGCGCUAACAUUCACCGAUAAUAUUCUUGUUAAUCUAG